AUGUUGUCGGGCGACGCCAUGGAAACCACGAGACUCGGUCAGCUCAACGAGCUGAAGCCCAAGGGCCCUCUGCCCGGCCAGACCGCCGAGAACCCCAACGAGCUGCCUCGUCCCUACAAGUGCCCCUUGUGCGACAAGGCCUUCCACCGCCUUGAGCACCAGACGAGGCACAUCCGCACCCACACUGGAGAGAAGCCUCACGCUUGCCAGUAUCCUGGGUGCAGUAAGAAGUUCUCCCGCUCCGACGAGCUCACCCGUCACUCGAGAAUACACAGCAACCCCAACUCGAGGCGAGGCAAGAACCAGUACAACUCGGGUCCUCAGUCGCACAUGCCCCAGGAUGGAAUGAUGGCCCCUCCCCCGGCGCCCAAGACGAUUCGAUCUGCCCCGACCUCGAGCUUGUCGUCUCCCAAUGUCUCGCCCCCGCACUCCUUCUCUACCUACGUCCUGCCCGCCCAGCAGGGCCACGGCAGCCCCUUUGGACGCCAGUUCCAGGGUAACUCCAACAUGGACAUCUCCAUCCUCGCAAAGGCCGCCAACCAGGUCGAGCGUGAGACCCUCACCGCGCCGCCUUUCCACGGAUCUUCUGCCAGGCAUCACCCUUACUACUCCCACAGCCUGCACAACUCGCGCGGCCACCUUCCCUCUCUCUCUGCCUACCACAUGUCGAGAUCGCACUCCAACGACGAGCACAACGAUGACCACUACUCUGGCUCUCGUCACGCGAAGCGGUCUCGUCCCAACUCGCCCAACUCCACGGCGCCCUCUUCUCCCACCUUCUCCCACGACUCUCUGUCGCCUACUCCGGACCACACCCCUAUUGCCACUCCUGCUCACUCCCCGAGACUUCGGCCCAUGGGCUACGAGCUGCCUUCUCUUCGCAACCUUUCUCUGCAGCACGCGGCCCCUCCCGCUCUGGCUCCCCUCGAGCCUCAUCUGGAGACCCCUUACCUGCCGCCGCCCCCGGCUCCUACCAGCGCUGGAACCCCCACCCGCAACGGUACCUCCUUGACGGACAUCAUCAGCCGGCCCGACGCCAGCAGGAAACUGCCUGUCCCCAAGAUUGGCGUCCACCAGCUCCUCGAUGGAAACGACGGCUUUCAGAGCGGCAGGAGCUCCACCAGCGGCAGCAUCGCCGGCGGUGACCUCAUGGACCGCAUGUAA